CAAGGCUAUACACCCUCGACUAAAAGUCAAAAUGAAAUACUAGAGCGAAGCAACAUUAUAUAAAGUUGAUCCCUAACUAACUUUCAUAGAGAAUUCUUACUACUUUAUCUAUACUCCUGCAUUGGCUAUCAACACCAUAGUCAAAACCUGAACCAUGGGCGUUGGAAAGCCUCGUCUAGACAAAUAUGAGAAGAUUCUCUCACGUCUUUUUGAGAAUCUUGCAUUAUUCCAUAUACUCAAAGGCAUCGAUGGCCCUCACAUGGUCACCGCCCAUGCCCCAACUGAUGUUCAAGGUAUCAGGCGCAGGUUCCUCAAAAACUUGUGUUUCAUCUGCGAUUAUCGAAAGGGCGGAGACACUACUACUUCAAUUGCUCUAGAAUCCCAGACAAACGAGGUUAUUCUCUGGGUUGCCGCGAAUUGCACGCCGCAUGAUAAAGUCAUCCUGUUCCUGAACGAUGUUCUUCAACAGCUACAAAGGGACCCGAAAGGGACCGAGGAAGAACGAGAAAGGCUGAGAGAGAAGUUGACGAAGAAAUGCGUUGGCUUUGCAGCCCCAAGGCUGAAGAAAGAGUGCAAGCUAUUGUUGCGGGCUGCUAGUUACUGCGAAAAGUAUCUGAAAGAAGAUGACACAACUGUCCAAGGAGCUGAAAGAAGAUCCCUCCUAGAGUGGCUACCUCGAUUCUCUGCCACUAAUACCGACACUCUAGCCCUUUGUAAAACUGCUUACGAUUCUCGACAUGAUCUUCAGAUGUCGAGCCUUGGGUCUCUGAGUAGAGAGCUUGGUGUUGCACCUCGAGAAACUGCAAUGAAUAUCAAGGCAGUCAGACAUUUGAUAGGCCGUCUUGCCGAGAGAAUCCGCAUACCAGCACUCCUGAUUGAAGAUUUUCUCAUGCUAGGACCACUUUUCAACUCUUAUCAAAUCAAGAAAAUUCAGGCCCCUAUCCCAGCAAUUGUUCCGCCAGCGGAUGGGCUUAGGAACCUCAACUCGAUCCUAAAAAGGAUACUACAGCCUAGGGAUCCCCGUCUUGAGGAUAUGCAGAACUAUCUCGCUCGAUUAGAUGGGCCACUAAAACUGGAAGAGGCCAUCAGAUCCAUGUACGACGAGGAUAAGGGCCAAGCACGUGUGCACUCCGAGAUUCAGGUACUAGAAGAAUUCCAUCGCAACGAACGAAGCUUCGUCGGUAACGAUCGCUACAUAGCGUGCAGCAAGCUUUCAUGUCUAUGCUGCAAAUUCUACUUUAAGUACCACCCUGGAAGGCUCGAGGAGCCCGAGUCUCAUCAGAAAGCGUACCUGAACUGGAGACCUAUCGAGUUGCCAGGCGGACGGGAGAAUGAGCACUGGGCGCAUCAGCGUCGAGUCUUGGGAAUGCUUAGUAGUGAGCUGAGUACAGCAGUUGAAAAGCAGAUCGAAACUCGGCAACGGCCUACCCCAUGGCAGCCAGACUCUGUGACGAAUAUCACCGAGGCUAUGAACUCUGCAAGCCUUGGCGAGGUUGAGGCUGACGAAGUCUUGGGAAACGGUGAUGGAUGGAGUGACGGCACAGAUUCUGCCUCAUUGGCACAUAUGAACGAAGAUGAAUUCAGCGAUGAGAAUGAGGAUAGUGAUGACGAGUCGGAUGGAGGCGCAGGAUUAGAUGCUUGAAGUGACAAGAGCAUAUAUCUAAGAUUUUAGUUAACUACUACUAUUGACAAAUUGGAUAUUUAGGAAGAACCCAGCAAUGGAGGAAUACAAAAUUAAAUUUACUCUCGGUACACGCUAUUAAAAGGACCGGCUAGCUACGGCGCUUCCUCUCCCUCUUCUUUCCAUGAUGUGCCUCCCGCUCAUGUCUACUCAAGUUGCACUUCCUGGUAAACCACUCAUUGCAUAACAAACAUUGGAAGGUCUUCCGGGAGCGGUGAGUCUUGUAGUGACGACGCAUAUCCUUCUGCCAAGCAUCUGUAUAGUUACAGCCAGGCCAGGAACAGUGAACAGGUCUGGUAUGAGUUCGAAGAUGGUUGCUAAGUUCUCGUUAGUAACGUGGGCAUACAGAAUUAAGGGAUCACAAGCCUCACUUCCGCUUGCGAUUCUCGUCGAAGGACUUAUCGCAUUUGGGCCAGUUGCAAAAAAAUAUUCCAUUUCUUGAAAACUCGUCACUUUUCAGACGAGUCACGGCAUCUUCUUCGAACCUUUCCUUACUGCUCGUUUCCGAACUUGAACUAUUAUCUGUUGAGAUCUCAGCAGGAGGAGAAACAAAGUCUGACGCGAUGAGACCAAAAGAUUGUAUCUGAGUUCCGUCACUUCCUAAAACCACAGGAGAGAAUGCAUCAAGGAUUGCAUCGUUCGACUGGCUGUAUGCAGAACCUGCACUCUACAGAGUGGAUGUGGGGUCUGGGGAGCCGGAGAGCGAUACAUAUCCUGGAAGUACCUCAUGUGCGGAUUCAGGAAGAUCGAGAAGAGAUACAGGCGAGGAUGAAAGGUCGAACUGAGCUGCUUCGACAUUGCUGAGAUGCGAAUCCAUCCCGAUAAUCGGCGCUGCGAAGUCAAAGUCGGAGCAGUCGUCCACAGCUGGAGGUGCGGAGUCCAUAGCCAAGCCAAGAACAUCCUCUUGAUCCAUCAAAGGGCCAAGAGAAACAAUGUCCUGCGGCCAUGAGCCCAUGAGGCUCUGAUCCACAUCCUGAGAGUAUGUCACUGUGCACAAGGCCUCGAAGUCCGUUGGAGACACUAGAUACAAGGCGGCGCAACGUCAGUACAGCGGCCGGUGGAGUAUCCCCAAGUAUGAUGACUCGAGCUUGACACUUUUAACUUACGGCUGAGCGAAUUGUCCGAGCCUACGAAACUUAAUUCCGUAGGCUCGUCCUGAAUCUGGGGAAGUGACUGAGUAUCACUCAUGAGCUUGACGCUGCGAAUGGGAUUGGAAAGAGGGUGCAUUUACAAAGAAAC